UCCUCGUUAGUCAUUAUUAUAAUAUCUAUUUGUACAUUGUUUUAUACAUACUGUUGAAAGGUAUAUUAAACGAACUACAUACAUACAUGCUUGURGGUUUCAAUCCACUCUCCUUCAAUCUUCUAUAUUGUUCCUUUUGCGACCAACCGAUACGCGUUACCUAUUACUUAUUAGUUUAAUAGGUACGGUUACAAUGAAAUGUCACCUGUCAGUGUUAUAGAAUGCCGCCAAUUGUUUAAACUGCAAAACUGUAGAAAUCAUUUUUCGGUUUCCAUAAUUUAUCAUCUUAUAUUUUAAUUUUUUGUAGAACUUCACAUCAACAAAGCGAGCGAAGUAAAAUAAAGCCGCUGCCAUGGUUGACGCAGUUUAUCGCGGUAACAUCGACGAGUUGUUGUCUGUGAUUAACCACCUGAAGAAAUACAUAAUCGCAUUCAUAAUCGUGCUGCUGGUACUGUUAUCGGUGUUUCAUUUCUCCAAGUUUUCAGUACAUGUCGUGCCGUUGAUCAUCGUCACGUUAGUGCUGUUGCCGGCCGUCUACUACGCGACUGUUCUCGUUCUGAAAUUCAGCACCAGCAUAAUUGCUUCGAAUCAAGCCGGAGAAGUCUCGACAAUGAACUCUGACAACAACCAAGUCCUAAAAACUCCUGAUCUCCAGUACCCAAACAGUCCGACACCGCCGCCAUCGUACGAGGAAGCAACGCGAAACGAACUUUACUAUCAACCACAACCGUGGUUGCCUUCGACUAGCACCGGGUAUAAUACUAGCAGUGGUCAGUCYACUAUACCCACUGUGUUCAGCGUUGAGUACCAGUACAAUGAUGACAUGUCAAAUGUGCAUCGCGGAAGACCAACUGCGACCACAACCACAACCACACAAAAUCAGACCCAAGACGAUUGCUCAUCAUCGCACAAGACUGCAAUCCAAAACAUUCCCAGUGUUACCAUAACGUUGGACAAUGAUCAACAUCCAACUGAAAUUUAAUGAAAUAAUAAUAGCUGUGUCCAAUACCGAGUUUCUGGAUUUGAGUUUGACAGAAAUCCGAAAUUUUAAUUAUAAGGAAAAUUGAUUUAACUCUGAUAAUCCCAACAAUUAUGGCAAUCUGGAUUGUCAGGGUAAUACAGAAGAUUUAGAUUGGAGUUCUUUAAUUUUUAAUUAUUAAAUUAUUUAACUGAAUUAUUAUAGUUAUUUAUAGAAUAUCAUUGUUAUUAUGA